AUGAGCAACUGGGAUGAAAGUCGUCAAAUUCAGCAAUAUGUAGCAAUUGCUAUAACGACGUUUGCGGCUACGGUUGCGGUUAUUAUUCGACUUUAUGCUCAGCGGGCAUACAGGAAGGGAUGGGGACUCGAUGAUGCUUUUAUUGUUGUCGCUUUGCUCAUAGUAUACGCCGAGUUCGUCUCGUCAAUCCUGGCUUUGAACGCUGGGGCCGGUCUCCACCAGGUUCGGGUUCUCCAUGAAGAUCAGAAUCCACCGCAUGGAUUUCAAUACAUCUACACUAAUUAUUGGAUUGUGGCCAUUCUCUGGGCUCCCGGAGUUACUUUCGUCAAGCUUUCCAUCCUUGUUUUGUACCGACGUAUACUUUUCGUUCAGCAACGGUGGUUCAAUCUCGCUUUAUGGCUCAAUGCAGCCUAUGCGGUUGCUUUGGGAGCUGCCUCUUUCUUCUUAUACAUUUUUCAAUGUGCACCGGUGGACUACUAUUGGACACGAUAUGUGACUUACUACGGUGAUGCGGCACCUAACGGGAAAUGCUUGCCUAACACACACAUAUACUUGGGUUUACCCCAGAUUAUGAGCACAGUGUCUGAUUUAGCUAUUUUGGUUCUUCCAGUUCCUGUAUUUUGGAAUUUAAUAUUUCCUACAUCGCGGAAGGUUGCCGUUUCUGCUGUCUUUUUUCUCGGUGCUUUCACGGUUGGUUGUGGUAUUGCUAGGAUUGUGAUGAGUUUUCGGGUGAGCAAUACUGAUGACGUGACGUGGGUUAAUAUCGACACCGUCACCUUUACCCUUGUCGAAGCAGCGCUCGGCAUCGUCUGCGCAUGUCUACCCCCAUCAGCACCAUUAUACACGCAUUUCAUCAAUAAACUCGGCUUCGAAUCUGAUUCAGAAGAAACAUUGCAUAAUACAGAUUUAAUCGUUGAUGCAAAGAGCCAGAAGAGAGGAACCGGUUCUUUCUUGAAAGUGCCGAGUCAAAAUACUCCGAAUGGUGGUAGAGAUUCUUUUCAGGAUUUAGUGGCUGUAGAGAAUGGUGCGCAGGUGUGGUCUCCUAAUCCAAGUGAUAAUAGAAGAAGCUUUAUUUCUCAAUCUGAACAGCCUGAGAAUGGGAUUUUGGUUCGGAAUAAAAUUGAGUUGUCUACGGAUAAUUAUGGGAGGUCUGAUGGUGAUCAGAACCAUGGCCAUGAUCAUUCUGGGGGCUCCGAGUCUUCAUCUGAGUCGUUGAAGGAGGAGGAAGCUGGGGUUUGA